AUGUCAAGAAAAGAAGGACGAGCUCUGCAAAAGACGGAGAGAAAUAUAUGCCAAAAAAAAGCUUCAAGAAAUAAUCUAAUUCAUAUAAAUAAAUCGACAUCAAUUGACGAUGAUGAUUCUCAACGAUUUGUGGGUAGUAGUGUUAAUAUCUUACAGACCAACACAUCUAUCAACAAUGAUUCUGAAUCUUCAAAUCAACUAUCAACAAUGCUUAGAGGUGGGAUGCAACAAAAUGCUAUUGUACAAUCUAGAAAACUAUUGAAGGACGUACCAUCAAAACCUUAUUUGUUAAAAUUAAUGCCUAGAUGUACACAUUUCAAAGCAAAGCGAUUCCCACAUGAGACAACUGGCUUUUGUUGUGGUAAUGGAAAGAUUUCUUUAACCACAAAUGAUGUACCUAAACAACUUCUUGAUUUGUUUACCGGGAACACAAAUCAAUCCAUACAUUUUAGGACAUACAUUCGCACUUACAACAACAAGUUCGUAUUUACCUCAUUCGGAGUAAAUUUUGAUAAAGAUCUCUGUCGAAGGAAUAAAGGGAUUUAUACUUUCAGAACUCAGGGACAGAUAUAUCAUUACAUCAAUGAUUUGCUACCCUCGAAUGGUCGUCCUUCUUAUUUGCAGUUGUACUUCUAUGAUACAGAUAAUGAACUACAAAAUCGAAUUUUAGAUUCAGAUAGAAUGGUUCCAUCAAUUGUCGCUCAACUAAUCGAUAUUCUUCAAAUUAAUCCAUAUUCAAUUUUUUUCCGUUCGUUGGGUGAUUUAGAAGAUUUGGAAAACCAAACAAUUCUUAUAAGGACAAAUCCAGGACUCGAUCAACGGGUUUUCAAUGCACCGACAUCGUCACAAGUUGCAGCAAUAUUGGUUGAAAAUAAUGAAGGAGAACAACUAAAACCUCGUGACAUUUUUUUCCAUAACCAUUUAGGUGGAAACCAUAAAGUUCAAUACUAUUUUGGUUGUUAUGAUCCACUACAAUAUCCGCUAUUAUUCCCUUUCGGAGAUAUUGGAUGGCAUCAAGGAAUUAAAAGGGUUAAUCGACGAGACAAAUCUAUAUAUAACGAAACAAAUCAUUCAAUACUACCUCAACAAUCGAUAAAUGCUGACGAAUUGAUAGCAAGGGAAGAACGAGACAAGGGUCCGAUAGUUUCAUGCCGUGAAUACUAUUGCUACAAAUUACAAAUUCGAGAAAAUGACAACUCAAUCUUAUUAAUUUCUGGAAGACUGUUACAACAAUUUGUGGUUGAUAUGUAUGUAAAGAUUGACACGUCAAGAUUGGAUUAUUUUAGAAGCAACCAAAAUCAUUUUCGCACAGAGAUAUAUCAAGGUAUUGUUGAUACCAUUACUCUUGGAGAAAGGAAUGCAUCUAAUGUUGGGAAGCGAAUGAUCUUGCCCUCUUCAUUUAUUGGUGGUCCAAGAGACAUGCGAAAAAGAUAUAUGGAAGCAAUGACUUUAGUACAACGUUAUGGAAAACCAGAUGUUUUCUUAACAAUGACUUGCAAUCCAAAUUGGCCGGAAAUUUCAAACCAACUACUCCAACAUGAAGAACCUCAAAAUAGACCUGAUUUGGUUGCCCGAGUUUUCCUUUCGAAAUUAGAACAACUGAAAGACGAAUUGUUUAAGAAGAAGAUAUUUGGUCAAGUCUCAGCGUAUGUCUAUGUCAUAGAGCACCAAAAAAGAGGUCUUCCACAUGCACACUUUUUAAUUAUCUUGCAAAGGGAUUGGAAAUUAUAUACACCGGAAUCUUUUGAUGAAAUUGUUUCAGUAGAAAUACCAUAUCAAAAUACAAACAUACAUUUACAUAAUGCGGUAGUGAAGCAUAUGAUGCAUGGACCCUGUGGAGUCUUAAACCCAUCCAAUGUUUGCAUGAAAAGAAAUGGUUGUUGCAAAAGUAAUUAUCCAAAGAAAUAUGCACCAAAUACAAACGUAGGAAGCGAUUGUUUCCCCAUUUAUAAGCGUUCAGAUAAUGGGGUAAACGUGAAAGUAAGAGGAAAGAAUUUAGACAAUCGUUGGGUUGUUCCAUAUAAUCCAUAUCUACUUGCAACAUUUGAUUGUCAUAUUAAUGUUGAGAUUUGCUCAACAAUAAAAGCAGUCAAAUAUCUUUACAAGUACAUUUACAAAGGCCAUGAUCGUGUUGCUUUCAACUUGAUUUCUGAAGAAAAUAAUCAUCAAGUUGAUGAAAUCCAACAAUUUCAAUCAGCUCGAUGGAUCGCUCCCCCAGAAGCUAUGUGGAGAAUAUAUGGGUUUGUUAUUAAUGAAAUGUACCCAGCAGUGUAUAGCUUACAUUUACAUCUUGAAGAUCAACAGUCAAUCACUUUCCAGGCAAAAGACGAUCUAACCAACAUUUUAAAUUCAUAUCAAUCUCGAAAAACUAUGUUAACAGAAUUCUUUGCCAUGAAUCAAAUAGAUGCCAAUGCAAGAAGACUACUAUACAAAGAAUUUCCAGAACAUUAUGUAUGGAACCAUCAACACAAACAAUGGACCCCUCGAAAAAAGAAAACAGUUAUAGGUCGUAUUGUUACAGCAAAUCCACUUGAAGGUGAGAGAUAUUAUCUACGACUACUAUUAACUCAUUUAAAAGGACCACUAUCCUUCCAAGAUAUUAGGUCUAUUGAUGGAAUUGUAGUCCCAACAUUUCGCGAUGCAGCAACACUGCAUGGUUUACUACAAAGAGACAACAACUUAGAAGAAUGUUUACAAGAAGCAUCGUUAUUCCAAAUGCCAGCCAGUUUGAGACGGUUAUUUGCAACCAUAUUGGUUUAUUGUAAUCCAACCAAUCCAAUAUACCUUUGGGAGCGUUUUGAAAAUGAAAUGUCAGUUGAUUUCAAACCAGCAGACUAUCCUACUUCAAAUGUAAGAAUCCAGGUAUUGAGAUCAAUUGCUUUAGCAAUUGACUCAUUGGGGAAAGACAUCAACUCUUACAAUCUCACAGACAAUGACAUCUCAUUUGAUGACAAAGAAAUUCAAUCCAGAGAAAUUAAUGAUGAAAUGGGUGUUGAAGUUCCAGAGGAAGAUAUUACGGCCUCAAAAUGUCUAAACAGUGAACAACAACAUGUAUAUGAUGCAGUCCUAGAAAAAGUACUCGAGAAUAAAAGCGGUUCAUUUUUUAUAGACGGUCCAGGCGGGACGGGAAAAACAUUCUUAUACAAGGCAAUUUUGGCAAUAUUACGAUCAAGAAAUUUAGUAGCACUUGCAACUGCUUCAUCAGGGGUUGCUGCAUCUAUUCUUCCUGGAGGGCGAACAACACACUCACGUUUUAAACUCUCACUUGGUACUAGCGAAAUGAACACAUGUUCUAUCAGCAAACAAAGUGGUCUUGCAAGCCUACUUCGCACAACCCGAUUAAUAAUAUGGGAUGAAGCUCCAAUGACACGAAAACAACAUAUAGAAGCAUUGGACAAAAUGUUACGUGACAUCACUGAUGUAGAUGUAACAUUCGGUGGAAAAGUAGUCAUUUUGGGUGGAGAUUUUAGACAGGUUUUACCUGUGGUUCGUAAAGGAACGAGAGAAGAACAAGUUCGUUCCAGUUUGGUUUAUUCAUAUUUGUGGCCUUCCUUGACCAAGUUCCACUUAAUUGAAAACAUGCGAGCACGAUUGGAUCCUGCAUUCUCAGAUUAUGUUUUAAAAGUUGGCAAUGGAAUGCCACCAAACACAGCCAAUGAAAUGAUAAAAAUACCAACUUGCAUGCUUAUUCCUUAUGUUGAUGAUAAGUUUUCUUUAGAUCGUUUGAUUGAAGAUGUUUUCCACAACAUUCACGUUUUUUCACAAAAUAUUUCCAGUAUGAUGAAACGAGCCAUACUAACACCAAAAAAUGAUUUUGUUGAUGAAAUAAACACUUUGUUAAUUCAUAGAUUCCCUGGUGAAGAACAACGAUAUUAUAGUUUUGAUGAAACAACAUAUUCAUCUGAACAAUCAGUGAUGGAAGAUUUCUUAAAUAAUCUAACCCCAAAUGGACUCCCUCCACAUGAAUUGUUACUUAAGAAAAAUUGCCCAAUCAUGCUUCUCAAAAACAUUAAUCCUUCAGAAGGCCUAUGCAAUGGAACGCGCUUAAUUUGUCGAGCUUUUGAUAAAAAUAUCAUAGAUGCAGAAAUUGCAGUGGGACAUUACAAAGGGAAAAGAGUGUUGUAG